UUAGUAGUCACCGUCACUCAUACGCGCAACAGCUCAGCCUUCGCCGUCCGAUCGUAGAUAUCGCCGUCGAUUUCUAAUGGCUCCGAUUGCUGUUGGUGAUGUGAUCCCGGACGGAACACUCUCCCACUUCGACGAGCAGGAUCAGCUCCAGAAGGUUUCCGUGCAUUCCCUCGCUGCCGGCAAGAAGGUCAUCAUUUUCGGAGUUCCCGGCGCCUUCACCCCUACCUGCAGCUUGAAACAUGUACCUGGCUUUGUCGAGAAAGCGGAGGAGCUGAAAUCCAAGGGCGUUGAUGAGAUUCUUUGCCUCAGUGUCAAUGACCCCUUUGUGAUGAAGGCAUGGGCCAAGACUUUCCCUGAGAACAAGCAUGUCAAGUUCCUUGCUGAUGGUUCGGCAACAUACACUCAUGCCCUCGGCCUUGAGCUUGACCUCAAUGAGAAAGGGCUUGGCACUCGAUCUAGGAGAUUUGCUCUCUUAGUCGAUGACCUCAAGGUGAAGGCUGCCAAUGUUGAAUCUGGUGGAGAAUUUACUGUUUCCAGUGCAGACGACAUCCUCAAAGCCCUUUGAAUUCUCCAUCUCUCAUUAUGCACUAUGCCUUAGAGAUCCGAGCCCUUUUUAUGUCUUUUGUCGUUUAUACAGUUGUGUUCAAUGGUGCUACGGAUCUAAGAAACUUUCUUCCAAGUAAUAGUUGAAUGGAAUGGUAAGAACAUAUCUUUCUCGAUAUAUUAUAUAUGAUUAAUGAUUAUGUUUUCUAUGCCCGAUGAUUAUGUUUAU